AUGCGCGCGGCGUCACCCGCCCGCACUCAAGAUGGCCGCCGCGGCCGCUCUAGUCAGCUCGGCGCCUUCUCUAUGGUACACCCCCCCACAAAAGAAGGGGUGCAGGGAACCCCCGGGGGGGGCACCGAGGAGGAGGAGGAGGAGGAGGAGGAGGAAGAUGGGGGGCAGGAGCCGGAGGCAUCCGGAGGCACCGGGGGACCACGGGGGCGGAGAUCGACGCUCUCUGGGAGACGAUUGGCAGGCUCCAGGACGAUUACGCCAACUCUCAGCGCCUCAAUCGGAUCCUGGAGGAGCGACUGCGGGGGCUGGCGCAGGCCCUGGAGCGCGAGGCCCUCACCCGGCGCGUGGCUGAGGCGCUGCAGGGGGUGCUGGGGGGGCCCCCCCAGGCCCAGCCCCCCCCGGGGACCCCGGCGGAGGAGGAGGAGCCCGAGGAGGGGGAGGGGCCACUGCCGCCCCCCCCCGCCUUUCGCGACCCCCAAUAAAGGACCCCCAAACUGCCCCCGAGCCUCGAACUGCCCCCCCUAA